AUGGCGUCCGUUUUUUGGGACGCCGAAGGAAUUAUAAUGGUGGAAUACUUGGAAAAAGGAGCCACUAUUAUAGUCUCUUACUACGCAGACCAAAUAAGAAGAUUGCGGGAGGCCAUCAAACAAAAAAGACGAGGCAAACUCAGAGCUGGAGUGUUGUUUCACCAAGACAACGCACCGUCUCACAAAGCCGCCGUUGCGAUGGCUGCCAUUCAAGAAACGGGAUUCGAAUUGCUCGAACACCCACCCUAUUCGCCAGACCUGGCUCCCAGUGACUUUUACCUCUUUCCUCGGCUCAAGGAAUACCUCCGAGGCAAAAAAUUUGACGACGAUAGCGAGGUGAUGACUGCUGUAGAGGUGUUUUGCGAGGGUCAAGACAACGAAUUUUUUUCAAAGGGAAUUAUGGGUUUAGAAAAAAGAUGGACUAAAUGUAUUGACUCGCUAGGAGACUAUGUAGAGAAAUAA